UUCUCGAGCUCGAGCACUCGCUGUUCCCUUCUUUCUUGCUCCUCUUCCCCUCCCCGGCGGUUGGCUUCCCCCGCUUCUCUCAAAUCCCCACGCCACCACCAUCCCACCUCCCUCCGGCGAACACGCCACCGCGCGCUCCCACCACCGAAGCACGCCACCUCGAACGAACUUCCCCCCUCAGUAGCCGUCGGCCGUCCUCCUCCGCUCUACUCGGCUGGCGUCGCGCCGAGAUCCAUCCGGGGUCAGACCGGUUCCCGCUGUCGCUUACAGUGAACCCUGCAUUCUCAAUGUUCUCUCUGAGAUAGCAUGUCUGAACAACAGGACCAAGUUAGUAAAAGCUCCUGCUCAAGUAUUAGCACCAGUACUCAGGGGAGUGAGGAUGAUGGGACCGUCGAUGCACUUUUAACGGAAGCAAAGACCAAUGGGCGCAGCCUUGGGAAGCGGCUGUCCCACUUAGAUUCACUCCCGCAUACUCCUCGAGUUAAUGGAAAAAUCCCUGAUUUUAGUAAUGCAACCAUAGACCAUGAAUCAUUAUUGGAAAGAUUGGGCACUUAUGGCUUAGCUGAAUAUCAGAUAGAAGGGGAUGGGAAUUGCCAGUUUCGAGCUCUGGCAGAUCAGAUAUUCCGCAAUCCUGAUUACCACAGACAUGUGAGGAAGGCAGUAGUGAAGCAGCUAAAGGAAUUCAGGAAACACUAUGAAGGCUAUGUACCAUUGGACUACAAGGUUUACUUGAAGAAAAUGAAAAGAUCUGGGGAAUGGGGAGAUCAUGUGACCUUACAAGCGGCUGCAGACCGGUUUGGUGCCAAAAUCUGCCUGCUGACGUCGUUUAGAGACACAUGCCUGAUCGAGAUAGUCCCCAGGGAUGCCGCUCCUACAAGAGAGCUUUGGCUAAGUUUCUGGUGCGAAGUACACUAUAAUUCCUUGUAUGCCAAUGAAGAUCUUCCGACACGCAAGACCAAAAAGAAGCACUGGCUGUUCUAGGUAGGGUUCGCUGGUCGUUGGAUUCACCACUCCCCCCCUCAUUCUUGUGCACUCGGUCCAGCGGCAUCUGCAUGUAACCUUAUUUCAUACUGCUGAUGUUGUAAGCUGUAACCUGAAACGGACUCAUUCUAAUCUUUUAUGUAAAGUGGAAUGGUGAAAAUUCUUUAUUUCGGGGAAGAUGAGACAGAAAUAGCAGCUGUACAGUUUGUCUUGGUUAA